AUGAGUUGCAGACAGAUCUCCUCAUCUUUCUGGAGCAGCAGCAGCAGCUGUGGUGGAGGAGGAGGAGGCAGAGGGGGCAGCGGAGGCAGCAUGCGGUCUUCUUUCAGUCGCUCCUCCAGGGCUGGUGGAGGAGGAGGCCGCUUUAGCUCUUCCAGUGGCAUUGGUGGGGGUGGCUUUUCGGCUUGUGGCGGUGGAGGUGGUGGCAGUUUUGGCUCUAGCUACGGUGGAGGGUAUGGAGGGGGUUUUAGUACAGGGAGUUACAGCGGUAUGUUUGGUGGAGGUUCUGGAGGUGGCUUUGGUGGUGGCUCUGGAGGUGGCUUUGGUGGUGGCUCUGGAGGUGGCUUUGGUGGUGGCUCUGGAGGUGGUGAAGGCAGUAUUCUGAACACCAAUGAGAAAAUCGUCAUGCAGAACCUCAAUUCCCGUCUGGCCUCUUACAUGGAGAAAGUACUAGAACUGGAGGAGAGCAACACUACCAUGGAGAAGCAGAUCCAGGACUGGUAUUCAAAGAGGGGGCCCAAAGUCUUCCAGAAGGACAACACUCAUUACUAUGACACCAUCGAAGACCUGAAGGACAGAAUUGUGGAUCUCACGGUGAGGAACAACAAAACUCUCGUGGACAUCGACAAUACUCGCAUGACUAUGGAUGACUUCAGAGUUAAGCUUGAGAUGGAGCAGAGCCUGCGCCAAGGGGUGGAAGGUGAUAUUAAUGGCUUGAAGAAGGUGUUGGAUGAUCUGGUUAUGGCGAAAUCUGAUCUGGAGAUACUGCUUGACAGUUUGGAGGACGAGAAGAAUGCCCUUAAGAAGAACCACAAGGAGGAGAUGAGCCAGCUGACAGGCCAGAAUGAUGGAGAUGUUAAUGUGGAGAUAAAUGUUGCUCCUAGCACAGAUCUCACCCAGGUCCUCAAUGACAUGCGUGAGGAAUACGAACAGCUCAUUUCUAAGAACCGCCAGGACAUUGAACAACACUAUGAGUCCAAGAUGACCCAGAUUGAGCAGCAAAUGACCAAUAGUGGCCAAGAGAUGGAGAGCAACAUGAAGCAAGUGUCCCAGCUCCAGCACACUGUCCAAGAACUGAAUGUGGAGCUGCAGACUCAGCUUACCACGAAAUCAGCCCUGGAGAAGGCUUUGGAAGACACAAAGAACCGCUACUGUGGCCAGCUGCAGCAGAUCCAGGAACAGAUCAGCCAGUUGGAGGCCCAGCUUGCUGAGAUCCGGGCAGAAACUGAAUGCCAGAGUCAGGAAUACAGCAUUCUGCUCAGCAUCAAGACACGGCUGGAGAAAGAAAUUGAGACUUACCGGGAGCUCCUUGAAGGCGGCCAGCAAGACUUUGAAUCUUCUGGAGCUGGACAAAUUGGCUUUGGAAGUGGCAAAGGAAGACAAAGAGGAAGUGGUGGCAGCUAUGGAGGAGGAAGUGGUGGCAGCUAUGGAGGAGGAAGUGGUGGCAGCUAUGGAGGAGGAAGUGGUGGCAGCUAUGGAGGAGGAAGUGGAGGGAGCUAUGGAGGAGGAAGUGGGGGCAGCCAUGGUGGAAAAAGUGGAGGCAGCCAUGGAGGAGGAAGUGGGGGCAGCUAUGGUGGAGGAAGUGGGGGCAGCCAUGGAGGAGGAAGUGGGGGCAGCUAUGGUGGAGGAAGUGGGGGCAGCCAUGGUGGAAAAAGUGGAGGUAGUUAUGGAGGAGGAAGCAGCUCUGGGGGAGGAAGUGGAGGCAGCUAUGGAGGAGGAAGUGGGGGCAGCCAUGGUGGAAAAAGUGGGGGUAGCCAUGGAGGAGGAAGUGGUGGCAGCUAUGGAGGAGGAAGUGGGGGCAGCCAUGGUGGAAAAAGUGGAGGUAGCUAUGGAGGAGGAAGCAGUUCUGGGGGAGGAAGUGGAGGCAGCUAUGGAGGAGGAAGCGGGGGUAGCUAUGGUGGAGGAAAUAGAAGGCCAUCUCAAUCCCAGUCCUCCUCAAAGUCUGCCGACUGCGAUGAUGAUUCACAAGAGCACAAGAUGCGAUACUAG